GUAUUGACCGGGUAGUUUUAGAGCAAGUGUUUUGAAAUAAAUAAUUGCGGCAUUUGACUGCUUUUUAAUUGUAUUAUAACAUGGAAAAUGGAUGGUGAAGUUUCAGAACAAGUGGACACUUUGAAUUUGUCGAAGCGUGGAAUAAAGAAGUUGUCAAAAUCGCAGCCAGGUCAUGCCCAGGCAGUGAAAACUCUUAUACUCGAUGGCAACGAGUUGCAGCGAUGGGACAAUAUUGACUCUUAUCCAGGCUUGACAAAAUUGUCUGCAGUGGAUAAUCAAUUAUUGCGAAUGUAUGGUGUUUCACGUCUUCACCAUCUCACAUCACUCAACUUGGCUCACAAUAGCAUCCUGACCAUUGAAGGGCUUAAGGAUCUCUCACAACUCAGAUGGCUUUGUCUUGCAAGCAACAAGAUACAGGCAAUUGAACACCUGCAAACAAAUGUUCAGUUAGAAUAUUUAGACCUUUCCGAAAACAAGAUAACGCACAUUGCUGAUAUUUCAUAUCUGAAGUCGCUUCAGGAGCUGUUGCUGCACUCUAACCGCAUAUCGCAACUGCGCCAAUGCGAGCGUCACCUGCCAACGAGCCUGGUCAGUCUCACGCUUGCCAAUAACAACAUAUCGGACCUGAAUGAGGUAUCGAACCUGGCCCACCUCACCGUUUUGCGUGAGCUGUCCAUCGCUAACAACCCUUGCGUCGCGAUGACUGGGAAAAGCCUUGGCUUUGACUACCGCCCGUUUCUCAUUAACUGGUGCAUGAGCCUGAAGGUGAUAGACGGCUAUGUGGUGGAUGCUCUCGAGGGCCUGAAGGCGGAGUGGCUGUACUCGCAGGGGCGCGGGCGGCAGUUCCGGGCGGGCGAGCACCAGGCGCUGGUGGAGUACCUGGCGGGGGCUUGCCCCCUCUCUGGGGACGCCCUCCAGUCGGAGGAGGAGCGCAAGUUGCGGCUGAUCCUCAGCAAGGCCCAGCAGCACCAGCAGCAGCUCCGUGAGCAAGUCACCGAGAGCAGUAACACUCGUGGAACGAGGCCACGUGGCAGCAGCCUGAACAGAAGUCAGUCGUCUCCCGCGCCGUCCCCAGCUUCUCAGAGGAGGGUGCGCAGUGCCAGGAGCCAGAGAUCCGGCGGAUCUAAAACCCCAGGAAUGGAUGUUCCAAAGCUAGACAGUCGCAUGGCAUCGAGUUGCCAUGCCGCCAUAUCAAGCGAUUACAACGCAUCAGGGCUGAUGUCCCAGAGCCUGGACCCUAGCCUGCUGUUUGCUACCUCCAGCUAUGCCAAGGACAGUGUCGGCACUGCGCAGUCUGACAUUUCAUCCGGCAACACCGGCUCCGAGAUGGGCGGAGAAGCAGACAGCAGCUGCCAGCUGCAAGCUGCCUCGAAGCUGGUGCCCGUCCCGGAGUCCCUGAUGAGCCCCGACUACAGGCCGGCCAACACGGUGCCGAGCAAGUUCGGGAGGGGCGCUGGCGCCUGCGACAAGGCGCCGGGGGCGACCCGGGGGUCCCCCAAGAUGCCCCGCGGCGCGGCCCCCCGCCCCGUCCAGGCCCGGCCGGAUGCCCCGGGGGUCGGCCCCGCCCCGCCACCCGGGCGGCUGGAGGCGAGCAGCGAGGACGAGGACAGCGAGAUGUCCGCCUCGAAGCUGGAAGUGAUACGCCACCGCGCCCAGGAGAAGUGGCAGAGGAAGGAGACCGUCACUCCUGUGCAGAGUGAUGCAUCUGUUGCGGAGAAGGCAGCGGUGUGCAUACAGCGGAUGUGGCGGGGCUAUCGCACACGCAACUUGGACCAGAAAGUGCAAGGAGUUAUCAAGGACAUCCAGGCGUCCCGCAUCCAGGACCACGUUGUGAAGCUCAUGACGGAGAUGGAGGCAACUAGGACGAUGAUGGAAUGGGAACGCAAGCAGCGUGAGCUACACAUGCAGGCUAUCAGUGCCUUGUGGAAGAAAAUGGUGACCUUGGAGCCUGGAAACAAGGAAAGUGGUGAAGGAGCAGCUUCAGGUGCAACACAGUGUACAAAUACCAACACCGUCCAGAACUUGACAACCUUGUGUGUUCAUUUGAAAGGACAGGUGGACCAGCUGCAGACGGUGGUGGAGCGCAUGUGGUCGCUGUACCGCCAGCAGGCCGCCCCCCGGGAGGCCGCGGCGACCCAGACGGACGUUGUGGCGGUGCACAGCCCGGACUGCGAGGAGGGCGCCUCGUUCCCGCUCCAGCGGGCCGGGCGGGCGGCGGCGGGAGGGGGCCCCGGCCGACCCUCGUCGCUGCCCAUCCCGCAGCGCGCCCGGGCUCCACUGCCUCCCGCCGCCGCCGAGCCCCGGGAGCUGCGCCAGUUCGCCACCAGCCUCGUGGACGGCGUGCUGCGCAACGUGGCCGAGGCCAGGGUUGACGCAACUAGUGCGGCCACAGACAACCACAGCUGUGGAGAUGUGGCAGAGGAGAGAGCAGAUCAAGGUGCGCCCCUGGCCACGCACUGUACUGCCUCCACCAAUGGCAACCCUGAGCCGGUCUGCGCGCGGAGUGAAGUUGCAGACGCAGGCGGGCGUGAUCUCGCUGCUCCGGCCGAUGCAUGCGAACUCACGUCCCCGAACAACAACCAACAGCCUCAAGGUGUCGUGGCUAACGGAUCUCUCACUUGUAAGUGAUACGAGUCGACUUGCAGCUAUUCAUAAGGAAAAGGGCUGUUCGGGCUCUUAACUUUUCAGGAAUCACAGCUCUGAUUUUCCCAAAAUUGGAGCUGGACAGUAUACUUUCAAGUAAUUUUUGAAUUUGUACCUGCCAUUUUUGAAAAGUGAAAUUAAAAUUCAGGUAGUAAUUUCUAUGUACUAGUUAUGUUUCUCUUACAUUUUGUAUGCAUAUAUUGUGCCUAAAAUUAUAACCGUGCCAUUUUUAAUUAGCAUAUUUGUGCAGACAUGUUGAUUUUUUUUAAGCUAUUUGUAAACUUCAAAGACGUCAGGGAUUUUGGUGGUUUUUCUUUUAAAUAAAUACAUAGUAUUGCAGUUAAAAUAAAAAUAAAAAUUUUGUGUUGGUGCUUGGAAUAGUAAAUAAAUAUUUUGAAAUAACAGCACUCAUAAUAAAUUAUAAGAAUAUUUUUCUUGCAUGUAGGCUGUUGGAAUAUAUUUAUGACAGGUGUAUUAGAAAAUCCUUUAGUGAGGAAACUCUUGGCUGGUACCUGAUUUUGUGGGAUAAUAGCACCAUAUUUUAAAAAAAAAGUUAAAAAGAUUUGUUGUUGCUGGCAACUAAAUUUGCAAGUGUCAAAAGGAGCCUAAUGUUUUCUGUGGUCUAAUGUAAUUAAUUAAUGUGAGAAUAUGUUUGUAUAUGUUUUUGUUUAUUAUUUAUUGUAAAAAAUUGUAUUGCGAAUGUGUUAAAUAUGUAGAAAAUAAUUCCCAAAUGCACUUAAAUAUUUUCACAGCACAAUAAAAGUGAUAAUAAUUUUUAUUUUCUAAGGGAAAGAAUAUUUUCCUUCCUGAAAAUAUCUUGAAAUGAAAAAAAUAAACAUUGUUCAAUCCUAAUAACUGCCUGUGUUGUAUGAUGUGGAAUAUCCUUCAAGGAUUAUGAAUGUUAAACAAAUGUGAAACAUUCUAGUACUCUAAUUACUGUAAUAUUAUUAAUCAACAAAGAAUUUGUUUAGUGACUACAGUGAAUGCAGACUUUAAAUGCGUCACAUUGUAUUUUGUGGAACAUGAAAAAUUUUUGAUUUUCUAGUGUUUUGUGAUAAAUGUGUUGAAAACUUAUCAGCUUUUGCAUUUUUGUCAGAAAUGUGCACUGCUUUUGCUCAAAAUGUCUUGUUCAAAAUAUGUUUUUGAAAUAAUUAUGUAUGGUCUUUCACCAAAUUUUCAAAUCUUGCAAGUUUUUCUGUCUUUCAGUAUUUGUGAUUUAUGCUAUAGAUGUAGAACAGUGAUUAUAGUGAGUUUGCUCAAGCAUAAAGACUACUAAGUACAAAACUUUGUGCAUAGAUUUUUACAAUAUUUAAACUUAUGUUUAGUUAUUUAAUAACAAAUUAAUGUAAAUACUGUAAAUGACUAGUCUUGCCAAGCAUUCUGCAAAAUUUGUUAGGUUGUGAUAAAAUAAGUUAGAUUGUGGAAUCCUGGUUCUCAGAAAUAAGUUUUAUGUGCACUGUGUUGAUUAAUCUUAAUUUCAUGAUUCAAAACACAUAAAAUACCUUUUUAUUA